GCAAAGGCAGCGCGCAUUGGCUUUGAAAGUGAGCAUAGGCCUACGUUUGUACAGCCUGGCGUGAAAGGGCCAAAAUCAUGGGAAGUGGUAGUAGUCGAGGAAAGAAGGUUGUACCUGCGAGUUUCAACGAGACAAAUGCAUUCAAAACAGAAGACAUCGUCGAUGUUUUGAAAGAAGAAAAUCACUUAUACAAACCAUUGAAGAUACAAACAUUUACAAAAGUCCGUCUGUCUGGAAACAGAACUCAACCCAGGACAGACUGCCACAUUGAAGGACACGAUUCUGAAUUUGAGGAUGACAUUGGUCUGGAACUGGAUCGAGGUCUAGAGGAAUAUGAGAAUCGGGAAUUGCGCUCCAAGAAGAAACAUUUUCCAAAGAUGCCUUUCAUCAGGUCAACCACUUACGGGUUAUGUAUUUCUAGACGGGUACACAAUGAAAUGGAUUUCAAUUCAACCCCUCACUUGCAGAGUUCUGGAAUGUCGGACAGGAUCGCAACACGUUCAGAAAACGCAUCUGUCCGAGUCAACGACACGAAAUGCAUCCGAGUUUUCAACCGCUUUUGCAAAGAUAAACAAAUGCAUAUUCUAAGUGAUACUCGGGAAAAUGACUUGACAACCGGGACUGUUGGGGAGUAUAUGCAUCGUGCAGAAGCACAGUCAGUCCCCAACAAUAGCCAAGGACCCUCUCACUCCCUGCCGGCCAUCCUGUAUAAUGACUCAGAAGUGGACCUAAUGGAGACCAUAGAGAGAGAGUUUGGAUGACUCCACCGGAGAGUCAGCUGGCAGGCACCCUUCCCACAUUUCACGCACUCCCUUUCUAAAAAUGGCGGGAUGACAUUUGACCCAAAUUGGGCGUUCUCUGUAUCUAUCCAGUGAUAAACACUAUUGCAUUUGUAGCGCAGUGAAGGGCAACAGUCAGUAACAGAUCUAGUACAACGUUUAGCGUACUUAUCUUCAUAUAUGUCUAUGGUAUAAUCAUAGAAUUAUUGAUUAAUUCUAUAAUUGCUAUUCAUAUAAGAAC